GUGUGGCCCUUACAAUGAAAAAACACCCUACUUUAUAAAGGGCUCAUAUUGUGUACAAAGAGACAUCAGCAGAACCACCACGGACAUAAACUCUCCUACCUUUGCCAGCAUGACUGACUUUGAUCUGCAAGAUAAUUUGAAAAACAUGGAGUGCCAUUUCAACUGGCAGUUAGACUCGAGCCCAUCUACACUUGAGAACCUCCACCAAGAUCUCAAGGAUCGCCUUCAGACUGGAUGCACCUGGAAGUGCCAGUUGCACAACCUCCUUGGGUACGUCCUUCAUGCUCAGGGCUCCAGGGACGAAGCCUUGACCCACCUGAAGAAAGCAGAGAAGAUGAUCAAAGAGCAGAGGGAUGAAGAGAAAGACUGCCUCCUGCUGGUCAACCAGGCAAACCUCGCCUGGGUACAUUACUCUAGGGGUGAGUUGAAAGAGAGCCGCGCUUAUUUGGAAGAAGUGACUCGACUUCAGGAGGCUUUACCUGCCUCACCUGGUUCCCAAAUUCACCCAGAGUUAAGUGGGCAAAAAGGUUGGAGUCUGUUGAAGUUUGAGAGAAGCAAAAAACAACAAGCCAUAGAGUGCUUCAAAAUGUCCUUGGAAGGAAAUCCCCAGAAAGCACUUUUUCACAAAGGCCUUGCUCUUGCCAUGGAAAAGGGUUACACAGAAUCAGAAGUCACCCCAGAGUUGAAAAAGGAAAUUGUAGAAAAGCUUAGGGUUGCAAAACAGAUGGAUGAAAAUGACAUAUGUGUAGCAGCAUUGUUUAUGAUUCAAUCAUUUCCCAAUAGUGGGGACAAAGAGGGAGCUAGGGAAGAGGCAAACAAACUAGCAGGUGAACUCAUUGCCUCUGGAUGUCUUGAUGGUCUCGACAACAUCCUAUAUCUACUUAUGUAUCACUGCCAAGAAAUUGACAAAGCCUUAGAUGUUGCAGAGACAAUGUUGAAUUUAUUUCCACAUUCAACCCGAGCAAAGAAGGCCCUUGCAAACAGCUUGAAGCGGAAGGUCUUUUCCUUGGAGGAAUCUGACAAGCGAAAAGCUCUGGCCACAAGGGCCAUCGCCCUUUAUAAGGAUGUGAACACACAGCAUUCUGUCAAGGGGCGUUGCAGUCUUGCAGUAAUGCAUGUGAAAGUAGAUGAUAUUGAUGCUGCAAAUAAUAUUUACAGAAACCUUUUAGGUCAAAAUCACCUUAGUGAUGCAGAGAAGCAACUCCUGUACUUGCAAUAUGGUGACUAUCUAUACUGGGAGAGAAAAAGGACCUCUGAGGCAAUAGACAUGUACAUAAAAGCUGCGAAAGUCCCAGCUGUCUCUGACGACAAAAAUAAGUGCAUUCAAAGACUUGUGUCAAUUGUCAGGGAUGGGGGGGAUGACAGAUGUAAUGAAAUCUGUGCCUUUCUGCUUGACCUGCACCAGUUUUGUGUUGGUUGCAGGCAUAUCGGACUAUUGUUUCUGAAGAAGUGAUCAUCACAUGGUGUACACGUUUUGAUCAAUUUAAUCCAUUUGAAAUGGAAUAAAACAUCAAACCAGAAAUUAAUGACAUUGUGUAAUGUGUUUCAUGUGGAAGUGUGAAAUUAGAAACUGCUGAACAUUCCUGUUCCUUUGAUGUAUUUUUUCAGUUUGCUACCUAGUUCAGGUAACUGUAUCUUCAGGCUGUUUUAUCUCAUCAUCUGUUCAACUGUGUUGUGUUUUGUUUUUUCAAGUGAACUUGCUUCCCAUCCCAUUUGGCUGUUCUGCAGUUGGCUUUUUCACUUAUGAAUAGAACAUAUGGAGAUGUAUUGUUUAUUUAUGUGUGUGUUAAUUAUUGUUUAUCACUUUGCUUCUAUUGAAAGUUUAAAUAGAAUAGAAUGAGAAAAUUGAUUUUAUGGCAUAUUUUUA